AUGGAGAGCGACGGCGGCGGCGGCGAAAGCUGUUACACAGACUACGAGACGGACGGUUUCUGGAGUUCGGAGAAGACACUUUUGGAAUCGGUGCGCGGCGGUGGAACGUCCACCGCCGUCAGGAAGAGAAAGAAGAAGAAGAAGGCCAAGGACCGCGGCGAUGGCGGCAGAAAUAAGGAACCGGAGACGGGCCAGGGACUGGCGCAGGAGUGGCGAACGUUCCGGCGGGAACACGAAGACGAAUGGCGCGAAUACUGGCGGCUCGGUCGCAAGUGCUUCACGAACACGGUCAGUGGAGAAUAACGGCGCGAUAUUUCAUAUAUUCUAAGCGGGGCUGAUUAAUGUGGUAUUGGAUUUUCGAAUGUUUUUAUUUAUUUAUUUUUUUUUUUUUUUUGGCCACUUUUUAAUAAUUAAAAAUCCUCCGAAACUGCACGUACUUUGUUUUAUACCCAUUUUUCUGGACUCUCAACAGUUUUUCGGAAAACCAACAGCAAUAUUAACAACAAUACGACGGAUACAUUGGUCAGAAUCUAUAUGUAUAGCAGCAAUCUGAAAUUCCGAACAUAAUAGACGGAAAGACAGGAGUCCGAAAACAUUUCGAAGCAGGAUUUUUAAAUUUCGUAUUUCUAUAUAUGAGGGGCCCAUACUUGACUGUUUGUUGUUGAUUUUUUUGAGGGAUAAGAUAGGUUUUUCCAUACAGUUGCCACACGGGAAUGCACAAAUAUCCCGUUACAAUGUCACUUAAAUCGGAUAAACGAACUCCGCUCAGAAUCGGAUUAGAAGGCCUCCAUCUAUAUACACGCACGACGUACAUUACAAUAUACGUAUACUUAGGUGAUAGUGGUGGUCAUGUGCGGCUUGGGCGGUAUAAUGUUCCGGUACACGGAGGGCGCGUUCGAGACGUUCUACAAGUGCGGCGUCAAGAGGGUGAAACGGGACUUCCUCAACGGGCUGUGGACGGACAGCCGGCGGAUGGGCGAGGAACAGUGGAAACAGGCGGCCCGCAGGAAGCUGGUCGAGUUUGAGGGGCAGCUGCACGACGCGUUCGAGGCGGGCACCACCACGUACAGCGGCCGCAGCUCGUGGAGCUUCGUAAACUCGGCCAUUUACUGUUUCACCGUGGUCACGACCAUAGGUAUACAACGAGCGGCAAACGAUCGGUGCUUAUAAAGAAACCGAAUAAUAAAUAAAUUUAGAACACUAAUAUUUUCGAUUGGUUUACAUUAUUUGGGAUUCUAGAAUUUUAGCGUUCUGAACUAUAAUAGGUUAGCUCCGGGUUAGGUAGUAUAGUAUUAUUAUUGCAUUGGUUUUUUGUUUUCGAUCAUUUCGUUUAAAACGCGAACAAUAUUGAAUUAACUGCACGAAAUAAAAUACAUUUUGAUGCAUGGAAAUAACACAAUAAUUAUUAUUGUAUUAACAUUUGCACAAAGCAACGAAAAAAAUGAUAAUGUUUUUUUAUUUAUUUCGCCACAUAUUGAUUAAUACACGAUAGAGUUUUGUUUUCCAACCUACAUUUUGCACAUCGAAUUAAUUUUCUGUGGUCUCGUAUAUGUACGUUUAUUACAGGGGAUGGAAAGAAGACCAAUGUCUUACAUGAGAUGUAUGUUUGCACUUAGUGUUUCAAACAAAGCAACUUCGUAGAUUUUUUUUGUAAAUUAAAUCGCAUAUUAUCUAUUCGUACCCGAAUUUUUCGCAAAAUUUAUCCACGAUAAUAUUUACUCAGUUAUUUGAAAACAAAUUGGUUUUAAUUUAACGCUGUAAAUUUUGAUUUUCUUUCCACUCUUAUACAUAAUCGUAUACCUAUUAGGUAAGCUGAUGAACAGUAUUGCGUUUAACCUAGAUAUGCAUAUUUUUAUAUCUUUUAUCUUGUCUAGAUGUACGAUAAAUAUGUUGUCUGAGCCGUUAUGUGAGAAAAAUAAUUUAAUCGUACAGUUUAAUGAAAAAAAUAUUAUGUUAUACCAAUCUUACAACUUUUAUGAUGUGUAUCGAAUCUGGUACGCUUAUAAUUCUUUUAGCGUUUGGAUUUAUGAUUGACAAUGAACAAAAUUAUGUACAUUUUUUUUUUUAUCAUAAUAAAAAAUUCCCGAUUUUUUAUCUUGAUCUAGAUAAUUAAAUUGUUUUCUACCAUUUAUCUUCGUAUAGAUAAUAUGAUUCUAUCAAUAGUCUCUUAUCUGUAUCAAUAGAUAUUUUGAAAUGUAUCUUUAUUUAUACAACACUGCUGAUAAACCGUGUAACGUGAUAAAAUAAUAUACGCGAGAAAAUAGUCGACCGCGUUUUAACGGUGUAAUAAACACGGUUUACCCCCCCCCCCCACACACGGUCUUAUCACGCCAAAACUUUUAUCGUAUUUAUUACUCUCAUCUAGAACAUUCGAAAAUAUUACUCUUUCCGUUCACGCGCCGUUUCACCGUAAAAAUGCGCGAAUAUUCGCUCGAGCACCGCAACGGCGUACAUUACUGUUGUAUUUUGCGGACAAAUUAUUACCAGCGUAAAACGAUUAAUCAUCUUUUGCAACGAGUUUUGUAAAGGUCGAAGUUUUAUGCAUUAUUGCGAUGUGAAUAGUUUAAAAAAAAAAAAGGAUUAUAUAGGUGUUGUAGAUAUCGCGUUAAAAAUAAUACAGUAUGUUUGUAGUUUCUGUAUUUGUAGAGAGUACUCUCGUCCGCUAAAAAUAUUAUCUAGAAAGGCAUCAAUUAAAUUAUCGUGUAUAAUUCAAUAACCGUCAUCAAAUUUACCACGAUAUUCAACCGAACAAGAAUAUUUUUGACGUUGGUAAUAUUAUUAAUAACGAUUAUACAGAUUUUGAGUGGACCGAGAGGAACAACAAUUAUUUUAUACAAUGUUUUUUAUUUUAAUUUUUGUCAGUUUCUGCCCAUACAUAAAAAAAAAAUUAUACUUUAGAAAUUUCAUACAAAAAAAAACCCUUGUAAGAUACACGAUAAAUCACAAACUUUAUAUGAUGGUUUAAAAAAAAAACAAGUUUCGAAACACAGUAUAGGUAUGCUUUUAUAGAUGGUAGAUGACAAUCCUUUUACCUAUAUACUUCUUCCCGUCUUCAAUCAUCCGAUUGGUUUGUUGUAAAUCUCCGUGCCUCUCUUUCGUAACUUGAUCCCUUCGAAUCCUGGUAAUAACUGUAUCCUCUUAUUCAUGUCUAUUAUACUUUGUUUUGUGAACUUACACCAUCCUUGGCCUGACACUUUAAAUUUGCUAUUCUCGUCCUAACGCUCUAUAGAGCUUUUCGUCAAAUUAUCAUUAAGUACAAGGCCAGAGAGAGAGGGUACAUAGUAAUAUUAUACCCCCUUUCUCAAAUUGUAAAUUUGGACUGCUUAUUCAGCAAUUCAACAAUAAUUCAAUUUUAAAGUCAGCAAACCUAGUAGUUUCUCGGUUUUUUUUUUGUAUUUUAUCACGCAAUUGCCGUUAUAUUAUAAUCAUUAAAUUUAUUACUUAUUGAAAAACAGAAUAAUGCAUACAAACAUUUUUUCGGACUUGAGUAUGCUACGUGUUUACGUCAAUAUUAUCGUUUUUACCAAUAUAUAUAUAUUCUGUUCAACGUGUGUAACAAGUAUGGUCAAACUUUAACAGUGCGUAUUUUGUUUUUGUUUUUUUUUUUUUUUUUUUACUAAACCUUUAUAACGUAUAAAUAUCAAUCGAACAUCAAAUUUAUAAACAUUAGGUACGUCUCCGUUGUCUCGCGGUGACUUUUAUAAUAUAGAUUUGACGUUCUGCCUUUGAUAUUAUUAUUGUAUACCUAUGGGCACAACACAAAGGGCUCGUCGGUCGACGUUAAAAUAUUACAAAUUAUUACAAUAACACGCCACCACGCGGAUUACAUACCACACGCGUUAUUCGUGCCCGCAGGGAAAAUCUGCAUAUAUAUCUAUAGAUAUAUACGUUUACAUAUUAUUAUUAUUAUUAUUACCUACCGCCCGGUCCCGUUAAUAAUCUCGGAGUUACACAUUAUAUUGAAUAUUGUAUUGUGUCUCGUUUUACUAACUUUAUCCAUUAUUAUGUCUGUUAAUAUUUUGUUACGCUCGCGGAUUCUCGUAUACACUGUACCCACCUAGGUAUACCUACCGCACGUGUAAUAUCAUAAACUAUUGUUGUGUACCUAUACGUAUACGGAAUUAAGGAAUCGAAACGCUCCUCCCCAGGUUAUGUUAUAGACGUAUGCACGUAUACAUUAUAACGUGAUUAUAAUAUCCGGGCGCCUGACCCCGUAAUAAUGUUAUAUAGUAUAUACAUAAAUCUAUUUAAAACAACCGUCCGUUAUUCGAACAUUGCGCUAUAGGUGGUGCACAAGAUCAACUAUACCCGGUAUAUGCGUUGCGGCAGUCUUGUAAAGUAUUUGUGUAAAAGUAAUUAAAUAUUUUAAAGUGUUAAAGUAAACUUUUAAAAUUAAGUAUUUGGAAAUGAUUUUAAAUACUGCCUUGGUACGUAUCUGUUGUGUUUGAAUUUCAGAUACUUUUUAAUAAUUUAAAAUUCCGCGUUGUUAUUCAAUAUUUAAAGUAAUAAAAUAAUACAUUAUAUAAUUCAUACUCCAUGAUUUGGGUCUAGUGAUGUUCUCGUUAUAAACCGAAAAGAACGAAGUCAGACAAACGCAAAUUUGAUAGUGAAAUUACAAAUGGGGCAUAAAUUAAAUUACCAUGGGAAGCUUGCAAUAAACAUUUUCAUAUUAACGUAAUGAAAAAACCAAGGUGCUUAAAUGCAAUAAAAAAUUUGGGAAUGAUUAUGGCAUAAUUUAUAAUUCCUAUUUCAUAUCAUUUUCUAUUAUACUAUUUUAAUUAUCAACUAAGAUGAUAACUAACUUAAUUAACCUUUUUUAGGAAUUAAAUUUUAACUUAACGAAAAAAAGAAAAAAUGAUUGAACUUUUAACUUAAUGAGUUAAAAUAAAUUGUUAACUUGCCAGCCUUGCAUACUAUAAUUUACCACGCGUACGUAUAUUAUUUCAGUAAGUAUUGUAUUUAUACUUCAGUAUUAUAACACAGUUUUUAUUUUUCAUUUACUAUGAAAAAAAAAAUCGUAGUCUGUCGCAGUAUUUUUUAACUUAGAGAUGGUGACCCCUUUGAGGGUCACCAAGUAAUUAUUAAAGGUCACUAAAAAAUGUAUUAUUCAUUUAGAGGGUCACGGCAAUACAAAGGUUGAGAAACACUGGCUCUACAGAACCUGCGAAUGAUCCGUUUUUACCUAAACACAUAAUUUACAGGGUUAAUUCUCUUGUAGAGUAGAGAUUCCGAUAAUUUGUCUGUCAAAUUUUCCCGGGGAAUAGAGACUAUUGCGCUCUAUUGUGUCUGCUAUAUGAGUAUCUAUACAUAAUAUAUAUUUAUUUAGCAUCUUCAUUCAAAUACUUUAGGGCACUUUUAGCGGCUCCGUCUGGACCCAAUUUUUUCUUGUGAAGCAGGUCUCACAUGCAUAAUAUAUAGUGCAACGGCACAUAGUUAAUAAAAUUAUUAAGCUCAGGUAAAAUCCGUGUAAGUAAUAGUUUCAAAGAAAAAUUAUUUAGACGUAAAGAGUACAAUACGAAGUAGUAUACAUUACGGAUGCGAGUAGAUGGGAGAUGGUAGGGCGAAAAUAAAAGGAAGAAGCGGAUAUUGUUCGUUAAGUCCAUAUUAAAAUAUUAUAAUAUCAGUGAAAAUUCUAGCCUUUUAAUUUUGACCUCUUUCCGUAAAGCAACACCAUAACAAUACUAAUGACAAACUCAUGAGAAUGUCGUCGAUGUUUAUUUUCCAGGUUACGGUCACAUAACACCAUCAACGAGUUUCGGCCGUUUUAUCACCAUCGUGUACGCGAUAUUCGGCAUACCGAUAUUCCUUAUUUUGUUGGCCGAUUUCGGAAAAAUGUUCACCAGAGGCAUUAAAUUUCUGUGGGCGUUCGUUCGGCGGCUAUACUACACCGGCAGCUGUCGAAAAGUCCGCAGAACCGCGCCGGUUCAGGUAAGUACAACAAUUAAUAACGAUUAUUUCCAUCGCGACCACGCCGUACCUUAAUGUAAACUCCUUGAACCGUAGCGCCACACUAUAUCACUUAUAAAUGACUUGUGGGUUUAAACUAGGUAUAUGUGUGUGUAUAUAUAUACACACACAUAUACCUAUAUAUAUAGGCAAUAACGUGUAUGUAUUCUGGAAUCCUCGGGAUUAAAAUCAAUAAAGCAUGAUUAUAAUAAAAUAUAUUAUACACUAUAAUAACUCUAUAUUAUAUUAUUAUAUAUACAUAUUUCGUUUAAAAUAUUAUGUGCACUUUACUCGCGUAGGUAUAAUAUUAUUAUUAUUAUUACAGCCGAUAUACGUGUCUUACGUAGGUACUUAAUAUUUAUAAAUAUUAUAAAUAAUAAUAUUCUAUUCGGUAAGCAUUAUGGCCCACAGAGUAAGAUAAAGGCGGCAUUCAGUUUCAAAAUCGAAGCCGGAAGGUGCCUUCCAGUGUUGUUAAUUUAAAAACAAACUAUUGUGCCCUUUUUAAUACAAUAUUUAUAAUAAAUAUUUGAUCGGAUUAAUGAUAUUCUAUAGUUUAUAUUAAUUAAAGUUGGAGCCUUACAAUACGUAUAUAUAAAACUGAUUUAACAUAGUAACAUAUCGCAGUUAAUUUUAUUAAGCUAAGGUAUCAAAAAUCAAAAUAAAUAUAUUCAAAAAUGUAUUGAUAUAGAUCCCUAGCUAUUUAUUUAAAUAGUAGAAUAAUAAUAAUAACGCAAAUAAAUAAAUAAGAAUAAAUUAAUAAAAUAAAAUAAUAUAUUAUAAUCACCAUAUUUUGAUAUUGCCUAUUUUCCGUUUGUACAAACAAUGUGCAUGCAACUGUAAAAAUUACAAUCGCAUUAGUUUUUUAAUUGCCUUUUACCCUUUUAAGUUGAAAAUCACAAACAAUACAAUUUCAACCGAGAAUAAUAUUAUAUUACAAUAUAUAAUCAAUGAUAAUUUACUCGAUUGAUUAUUGUUGUUUACGCUGCGAUCUAGAGGUGCGUGGUGAAGUAUUAAAACGUCCCCGAGCAAAAUCCGUACAGCUUCAAUUUUAUAUUAUCUUACUCUAUGGCAGUGUUUCUCAACCUAUUGGUCGCGACUCAAUAGUGGGUCGCGAUGAAAGAAAAAUAUUUUGAUUAUAAUAUAAUAAAAUAAAAAACUGAAAAAUAUAUUAGUAAAAAUAAUAUGAAAAUAAGCAAAUGUGAUAAACUGAAAAAAACCGAGGAAAAACUGAAAAUAUCCGAAAUAUAAGUAUUAGUUAAAAAAUAUAUAUUACGGCCUUCUUUUUUCCUGUAAACAACUUUUUUACCAGCAAUUUUUCUCCGAUUUAUAAUGAUAGCAUUUUUUCAGAAAGGAAAUCUGACUGGGAAGGUACUUUAAGGAAGUCAUAUUUCGAUUUUUCCAAGAGUUUUCCAAGUAAAUGUGAUAAACCGAGAAAAAUCUAGAAAAUCACCACAUUCACAUUUAAAUCUGCCACAUUACGGCAGUCCACACUGACAAUUUACAUAGAUUUUGGAUGUAGGUAUAGCACUUAUAAUAUGACAGUAAACAUUAUAUUACAAGUGUCCGUCAAUGUGUUAAACAAAUAUUAUUAAAGAAAAUAUAGAAUACCUAUUUAACUGUUUUACCAUAUUAUGACAUAUAUAUUGUUGACAAAGCAUCACUAUAUUAACUGAACUCCGCUCAGAAUCGUUUUUUCGUUGGUAAUGGUUCAUCAUUGAUACCUACAGUUAUACAUUAAAUUCCCCUUAAAUUAUUCUACCUUCCCAACUUCCCACCUACAUCUAUGGCUGUACUCCUAUUAUCCUUGAGCAGUUUUUUUUAAUGUAGGUCGCAUACCUAAAAAAGAGUAAAUGUAUGGGUCGCCAUAAAAAAAGGAUGGGAACCACUGUCCUAUGAUAUACUCAGAUAGGGUACAUACAUUGAUAUUUUACACAGUUAUUAGUCUUUUCGUUUUCGUGGUAACUUAUAAUAACGUCAGUCAAUUUUAUUCCCUCGAGCAAAAUCUGUAAUCAAUUAUAAUCGUUGAUAAAACGAUAAUCAGUGUUGAAACGAGGAAUUAUAAAUUAGAAUACUAUAAUUCGAAAAUAUUAGAUUAUUAGUACAUUCUUGUACAGUGCAACUGAGAAAUUUCACUAACAAUAGGACAUGUUUUUCUCAAAAAACACUUUUUCGGCCAGUAAAAAUGCACCUCUAAAUAUGUUGAUAUUCCGCCUGAUAAUACUUUAUUUGAACAUUUUUUUUCAUAAUUCCCAAUACUUUUUCCGGAAAAUUUAAAAAUAAAAACUGACAAUAAAUGACGAAUACCUAGUUGACGGAGGAAAAAAGAAAAACACUAAAACGUAAAGAACAAUAAUGUAUUAUUAUGAGUAUUUUCUAUAAUCUAAACGAUUUUUGAUAAUGAAAAUUUACAUUUUUUAGAAAACUUAUCGUUCAUCAAAAAAUAUGUGUAAUAACAACUUACAAAAAAAAAUAAAACUUUACCAUCGGUAAUUACAUUAAAAUAACCCUAAUAACAUUCAACCAAUUAUAAUUAAUUUUAAUACCUGUCUAAAAUUAUUCAAAAAUAGAGUGUAAUACGUGCCUACCCGCCUGAUAUGUUAGUAUUAAAUAUUUAAAUCUCUUGUAGCUUGAUUCUCUUCGCUCAUCACUUCACCUCACCAUGUCUAAGCGUUUCAAACGGCAAAAUAAUCAAAUCGAUAAUACGUAAUUUCAAGAAAUUCUUAAGUAUAUUUACCGACGAUAUACUUAUAGAUACUUAACAUAAUAUAUUAAUUUGCAUUUUACGGAAAGGGUUAAAAGUAAUAUUAUAUUUAUAAAUCGAUUGUUUAACAUCCAGGUUUCGUUUAUAUUGUUAGCGAUCCAUUCAGUGUAUACGGUAUAGGUACUUAUCGAAACAAUCAAUUCGAUUGGAAAAAAGUAUCGUAAAGAUAUAAUACAUUUCGUGUCACAAAGGUUAAAGAUUUAGCUGUUUACAUAUUUGAAACGUCAAUGUUUAUAAAAUACUUAUACAUAAUUUAAAACCGCAGAUUAAAACUUCAAACAUCAUAUGGGGGGGGGGCAUAACCUAACCUAACCUAACCACAUUAAAGUCGGGCUUUUUAAUUAAAGCAUUGUUUCAUUUAAAUCAAGGGUUAGGGUGAGGUUUAAAACGAUUAUAAUUAGGUUAGGUUAUAUAUUGAACACUGAAUAGGAUUAAUUAGUUUAAAAAGCUAUACCAUGAAAAAUGAAUUCAUUAAAAAAAAAAUACCGUAAACGUUAUUCCAUUCGUUACACACAUUGGUUGAUUGAGGCCUUAAGGGAGAAAAUAUGUGAAAAAAUGUUCAAACCAGAGGUUAACCACACUUUUUAUAUCCUUUUUUACACGUUCAUUGCAUAUUUCGGCUGAUUGAGAAAGAAAAUUUGUAAAAAAAAAUUCAAACUAAAGGAUAACAAAGGUGCAUUACCCUGGUGCACCACUACCUAAAUAUUUAUCACUGAUACUAUCUUUUACCGAAAAACUGUUUUUAAUAUAUUAUUUAGGUUACGAAUUUUACGGAUUGGUUACUAUAGAGUGGCACAGUUUUGAAGAAAAAUGUUUAGAAUGUGAUGCCAAGAUAACAACAUGGAAAACAACACUUUUUUUUCUGUUCUAAAAUACUAAUUUCACGCCAUUAUUAACUUGGAAUAAUGGGUGCCAACAAAGACAGAUUUAUACAAUUGCCGCCCCUAGAUAAAUUUUAUUUUACCACCCCAUUAAACUUAUCAAUGAUAGAACUUAUGUUUAAGUACUUAUUUACACAACUACUAAAAACAUAAAUCAUAAAGAAUAAUACUAAACAAUAAUUAUUAGUUAUGUUCAUUAACUGUUCUAAUCAAAAAAAUAGUAUACCAAUACGGCAACACAAUAUUUAUUAAAAUACAAUCUAUCACAUGUUUUCGAAUAAAUUUGCUCUGCCAAUUAAAUAUAGUUAUUGUAUAGACAUAAUUAAGUUCCUUAAACAAACUAAUAUGUUAAACUAAUGUAAAUAAUUAAAUUAUAUUAUUAUAAAAUUGCUGCCCCUAAAAAUGUUCCACCAUAGGCAACUGCCUACUUUGAUAACGCUAAAUCCACCACUGGGUGUCGAUAAGCGUAUGGUGGAUUUUUAACUCCAAAAUGUUAACACAGAAUUUAUCAUUUUUCAUGAAACCAUUGAAUAUUUUGUCACCACAGUUUUUUUGAACACUGAUGUCAUUUAUGAAAAAACACAAUUUUUAUUAUUAUUAUUAUUUUGUCGAAAUAUAGUCUACUAAUACACAUCUUUCUAAGUUUAUGCCUGAGAAGGCGAUAAAUUAUUAUUAAUCUUACUUAUCGGUUCUUUCUCUCGUCGCACACUUCAACGUAUUGAUAACAAACUUCUAUAUUAAUGAUGAAAACCGCCUUUAUUUAUUUGGGUUUUUAGUCCAAAAAAUGAAAUAAUACCCACACAGAAAAUCCGUAUGUUAUCAUCUCGAUUUCCACAUAUUUUUUAUUGGAAUCCGAAAUCCAAGAUACCGGUAAUACGAUUACUUGCCUUCUUUUACAGGAGGUCAUGAAAGGCAUGCAAAUGAUGUACGAUAUCACAAAGUUCCGGAGGCCCAGCGCCAUGUUCGGAGUCGUACAGGACGGACCGUCGGGAUUUCCACCGACGUCGCCCAGCACGCCGGCCCUCAGCGCGUACACGAUCGACGACGAAUUCAACCUGCCCGUUUCGAUGGCGUUCCUCAUACUGGUAAUAUAUAUCCUUUUCGGUGCCAUAGUAUUCAGCAUUUUCGAGAAAGACUGGGGAUUUUUCGAAUCGUUCUACUUCGUUUUCAUAUCCAUGUCAACAAUCGGAUUUGGGGAUUUCGUACCCAAGGUAUAAUAUUAUAGUAAUUAUCAGUCAUACUUACUAUAACUACUUAGAUAUAAUAAUAAUAAGGAUAUAUUUAAUAUCUAAGGUUCGGAGCAGUUUUUAAAGACGUUUUCUGUAUCCAAAUAAACACACAUUUAUGUCCAUUGGACACUCCGUAGAGUAAGAUUGUGUAUAAUGUGUAUACAACCAGAAAAUAAAUAGUAAAUUAGUGAAUUAAUAGUCUAAUAAAAUAUUAUAUUUUAAAAUUAUAAGAAAUAUUCUUACUGUUUGGAGGAAAGUAACUGGGAAAUAUCAAAAAGAAAGUUAAGGGUAAUGUUUGAUCGAUUUGCUAAUGGAACUUUUUUAAAGAAAGAGGUGUGGACAUGCUUUGGAUAUUCGUUUAACAAAAAUGUCCUGAUACACGACUACUACAUAAUGGAAAAAAAUGUUCUGAUAAUGUGAAUCUAGAAUAUGGCUUACAGUUAUUCUGCCAGAAAACUAUAUGAAUUAGUUCUAUCCCUAACAUAGCAACGAUGUGGUACGGAUAUCAUACAUUCACUGAGAGAUCUCGAUAACUUCUAGCGUUUAAUCGAAUUUAAUAUCUAAAAUAAACUUAAGGUAUACCUAAUAUUAAAGGAACCUUCAGUAUAGUGUCACAACCGAUCUAUUGAAAAUAAUGCAUAGGCUGCAAUACCUUGACAUACCCACUUUUAAAUGUUAUCAUAGGUACCAUUUUUCACUAUUAUGCAUCGUGCAAUUAACAGCAAUUAAAACACAAUUUUUCUCUUAUUAUUAUAAUAUUUAUGUUAUUUUAUUUCGUAUAGAAUCAAUUCGUUAUGAUCGUGUCUAUUGUAUACUUGGUAUUCGGACUCGCAUUGACUUCCAUGUGCAUAAACGUCGUACAGGUAAUAAUUGCAGAAAAUUAAUUUAAUAUGAGUACCUACCUAUUAUGUAACUAAAUAAUAUUGUAUACAACAUUUGUAUACGUAUUGUAAUCUCUGGACACGAAUGAUCAAAACAGGGUCAUGAAAUGUUGCCACUUGCCUAGUAUACUCUAUGUCGCAUAACACGCAUGUUACGGGCCGUUCGGACACAGCAUUUUGAUGGGAAGAUGUACACGAGUGUUAAGUCUACAAAUGGGUUUUUAUUAAAAUUUGAACAAAAUACAGUUGACAAGUUGUAUUUAUAAGUGAAGAACCUGCGACACCAGACCCAGGUCAAGACUUAGUUGUAAUUAUCUGAUAUAACUACACUAAAGAAAUGACUGGACGGGUUGGUGUCGAGAUGACGGUGCUCCUCCUUCUCGUGCGUCGGUGGUGGUGAUGGACGCUACCGCCGUUGUCUACCGGUGGCACGUCGUCCGUAUCCGGAAACGUUUUCCCUUUGGCCCGUGAACACGUAUCAUCCAUUGUUCCAUAGGAACAUCGUCGGAUUACCACACCCGUAUUAAUGGCCUCGACGUGCGUAUACUUAAUGCGACGACCGAUUUCAUAUCUUGUCGCGCGGUAUUCUUAAUUUAUAAUUAAAAAACUUUACACGUGAAGGACAGAGUCCGUAACACGCUCUAUGGGAGAAUAUAUAAAACUAUAUUAAACACACCAGAGAGCACUUCUAUAUAUAUGCGCAUAAAGCAGGCCGUUGCAACAAUUCCUGGUCCUGCCUCGACUUCCCGUCCACCAUGUCAUCCAUAUCUUCUUAGUCCGCGAUUAUACAAACAAUGACAACAAUCGUGAUCCAUAGUGAUAAUAUCAAACCGAUAGAUAGUUAAAGUAAUAAUAGUUAUUAUUAAAUUGUUAUUACUAAUAACAAUAUCACGGUGUAAAUAAAAAUAUCGAAUUCGCCGCCAUCUUUCUCAUUCAAUAUCGGUUCCCCGUUUUCUCGCAAUCCAUUUGUUAAUAUACUAUAUAGGCACUUACGUCUAUAAUAUGAUCGCGUGGUCAUGAUAAUCGAUAAAAUAUUAAUAUUGUUAUCUUAACGCCCGUCGUACACAAUAGUAUCAUUCUUAUUAUACAUACGUACUCGUACAUAUAUCCAUUAUUAUUAUACAUUUAGCUUAUAAAUACGCGCAAGUUUCCAAAAGUCCCGGAUUCUGGAUUAUUAAUCAUGCACGGUAGGUACCCGCCUAUGUUACGGUGCAAAAGGAUUUCGGUUCUCUUAUUGUAAAUGUGUACCUACAACGCAUUAAUAAUUAAACAGCGUAGGUAUACGGCGGUGGGCGCACUUAUAUAGGGACGAAUAGAAUCGCGCGAUAUUUCCUACCCGCGGAAUGCGAAUUUCAAAAGAUAAACCGUCCCAAAGCUGUUGUAGUCGUAUUAAGUGUAACGAUUAUUUAUUUUAAACGCGUUGUGUGCAUAAUAUUACAAUAAUUAUUAUGUGUUCGUAUACUUAUAUCAGCCUAUACCCACCUACUCGUGUAUAGUAAAUAAUAAUAAUAUUGUCGUGUUGUACAUAUUAUUCAGGAAAAGUUGCAGAAUUCGUUCAGGCAAGCGACCACCAAAAUAAGCGCAACAAUUGGCCUCGGAUUGCCACGGGAUGAUAACAACUGCAACCCCGCUGCCGCCCAGGAGUCCGUCAAAGUGGAAGAAGACGGCGCUAACAUUUUAACCAUCGACGCGGACGCGGAUACGGACGCGGUUACCGACGACAAUGACGAAUGA